CCCGUCCUCUGUAUUCCCAGGACUGUCCAGAGGAGAAGGUCCCAGAGAACCCUCAGAUGACAAAUCAGGGGGAAGAUCUGACUGAUAUUAAAGUGGAGGAUGAAGAAGAGAGGAUGAUGGGCGAUCUCCCAUGUAAGAGUGAGGAGGAGGAGGACAUUCCAGGAGAUGUCACCACAGAAAAUCCCAGUAAAAAUUGUAAGGGAAACUUCAUGUUAUCACUAAAUUACAAAGAAGAAGCAGAAAAUAUGCAUCGUUCUUCAAAAGAAACCCUCAUUACCCUUAAUGUACAUCCAGGACUUUACAAUACAGAUCUAUCAUUUAAUCCCCCUAAACUUGAGGACCCUUCUGCCGGCCAAUCACAGAUUGUUACCGCAAGUACAAAUCAGAAAGGGGGUGAAAGGUUUCAGUGUGAUAAAGAGUUCACAAAAAGAGCAGUUUUUUCUGCAAAUGGAAGAAUUCACACAGGAGAGAAGUCAUAUUCAUGUGCAGAAUGUGGGAAUUGCUUUAAAUAUAAAUCACAUCUUGUUAGACACAAGAGAAGUCACACAGGAGAGAAGCCAUAUUCCUGUUCAGAAUGUGGUCAGUGCUUUAGAAAUAAAUCAUAUCUUGUUAUACAUCAAAGAAGUCAUACAGGAGAGAAGCCAUAUACAUGUUCAGAAUGUGGGAACUGUUUUAUAAGUAAACAAGAUCUUGUUAAACAUGAGAGAAUCCACACAGGAGAAAAGCCAUAUUCAUGCUCGCAAUGUGGGAAAAGUUUUUCACAAAAAUCAUAUCUUGUUAUACAUGAGAGACGUCACACAGGAGAGAAACCAUACUCAUGUUCUGAAUGUGGGAAAUGUUUUACACAAAAAUCUAAUCUUGUUGCACAUGAGAGAAGUCACACAGGAGAGAAGCCAUAUUCAUGCUCGCAUUGUGGGAGGUGUUUUACGGUUAAAUCAAGUCUUGUUAAACAUGAGAGAAGUCACUCAGGAGAGAGGCCGUAUUCAUGUUCAGAGUGUGGGAAAUGUUUUACAGAUAAAUCAAACCUUGUUACACAUCAGAGAAUUCACACCGGAAAGAAGCCAUAUUCAUGUUUAGAAUGUGGAAAGUGCUUUUCAGAUCAAUCACAUCUUGGUAGACAUGAGAGAAUUCACACAGGAGAGAAGCCAUAUACAUGUUCAGAAUGUGGGAACUGUUUUGUAAGUAAACAAGAUCUUGUUAAACAUGAGAGUAUCCACACAGGAGAAAAGCCAUAUUCAUGCUCGCAAUGUGGGAAAAGUUUUACACAAAAAUCAUAUCUUGUUAUACAUGAGAGACGUCACACAGGAGAGAAACCAUACUCAUGUUCUGAAUGUGGGAAAUGUUUUACACAAAAAUCAAAUCUUGCUGCACAUGAGAGACGUCACACAGGAGAGAAGCCAUAUUCAUGCUCGCAUUGUGGGAGGCGUUUUACGGUUAAAUCAAGUCUUGUUAAACAUGAGAGAAGUCACACAGGAGAGAGGCCGUAUUCAUGUUCAGAGUGUGGGAAAUGUUUUACAGAUAAAUCAAACCUUGUUACGCAUCAGAGAAUUCACACCGGAGAGAAGCCAUAUUCAUGUUUAGAAUGUGGAAAGUGCUUUUCAGAUAAAUCACAUCUUGGUAGACAUAAGAGAAUUCACACAGAAAAGAAGCCAUAAUCAUGUUUAGAAUGUAAGAAACUUUUUAUUACUCAUUACAAACUUAAAGGGGUUGUCCCGGGACUCCCAUAAAAAUAAAAAUGUCCAGAAUCAGCCUUAACACUCAUAAGAACUGUAAAAGAGGAUUGCUAUAAAACUUUUAGCUCCUAUGGGUCCCUGUGACAGCCAUUUGGGUCCCCCUGCCAUUUGUUUACACUGGUCACUGGUAUACACUGUGUAGCUGCCCUCUCACAGACCUCAGCCCCUCAACAUCACUCUGUAACCUCCCUUCUCUCUCUCUGCUGCAGGAGACAGAGGAGCUUACAAUCAGCUCAGUAUAAGCCCUAUUACACAGUGCCUGCAGUGUUCUUAUCUCCUCCAGUUCUCUUUGCAUCCUCCCCCUCCCUCCUCAUAUCUGCUCCAGCUCAUUACUGUCCUCUCUCCCCUUUCCACAUAUGAGCUGUCACUAGCUCCUCUUUCCCCUGCCCAGUACCUACAGAGCUGGGGAAUGGUAGUGCUGGGCUGGGCAGGGGAGAGAGGCACUGACAAUACACAGAGUUAAGAAGUGAUGUGGAGGAGCGUGGCCAGAGGCUGUGCAAACAGAAGGAGAUGAGGAGAGGGGAGGUCAAUUCUAUAGGGCUGUGCUACAGAGGAGGGAGAGAGAGCACCGGACUGUAGAGGUGAUGUCAGCAAGGAAAACAACAAAAUGUCAUGACUGCUCUGUAAAGAAGCUAAAGGGAGCAGAAUAGAUAAUAAAACUGUAUUAGAGAUUUGCUGCUCUGGCCAUGCAAGUUUAAGGGGGCAUAAAAGUCUAUUCCCAGGAAAACCGCUUUAAGGAUCAUCGGAGAAGUCACACAGGAGAGAAGCCGUUUUGAUGUAGUGUCACAGUGCAGCAUUGUGAUUUUUAUAAUAAAAAUGCUUUCCAGCACAACUUCCAUUUGAAAUUGUGUCUUUAUUCAAUCCAUUUAAUGGA